CCGAGCCUCCGCACCGCCGCCGAGAGACACCUCUCCCUCUCCCUCUCCAUUUUCACACUCCACCCACUUUUUGCUUUCUUUCUCCAUCUCUGCCACCGUCUCUCUCUCUUUCUGGACUUGUCUUUAUUUGGCACUCCCGGAAGCCGCUGGGCAUUUCUCUCCCUGCCUGCCCGGGCAGCUGAUGUGACUGACUGACACCGGCUCCCGCUGAGGAGGAGGAGAAGGAGGAGGAGGAAGGAGAGCAGCGGCGAGGCGAGGCGAGGGAGGGGGGAGCGAGUGACCGGCCACGGAUUUUCAUUGCAGAGAGGAGGGGAAAAGAAAAAAAAAAAAAAAAAAACAGGCUACACGGGUCAUCAAAACAGGGCUUUACUGAGAGGUCUUCUGGUUUGAUCCAAUUUGACAUCAGUUUGACAAGCCUGUUUACAUUCCUCUCAUACAGCUAAUGGGAAACAAAACACAAACCAUACAAGAAUGGCAGAGACUCAUGGUUUGAUGGAACGACUGGAGAAAGCAGUGACUCGACUUGAAUCAUUAUUUUCAGAUUCACACAGAUCUGGUGGAAUGGAGUGUGAUGCCUUCAAUGGAGUCAAUGGGAGCAUAGCACCAUAUGUUGAAGCCUUUGAUAGGCUGCUAAAUGGAAGUGUUGCUGAGUUUCUCAGGUACAGCAAGAUUCUUGAGGGUGACGUGAAGACACAUGCAGAGAUGGUACGUGCUGCUUUCCAAGCGCAGAGAUCUUUCCUGGUGUUAGCAUCUCAAUGUCAAGAGCCUCAAGAGAAUGAGGUGGCAAUGCUUCUCAAGCCAAUAUCAGAGAAGAUUCAGGAGAUCCAGAACUUCAGAGAAAGGAAUAGAGGAAGUAAAAUGUUCAACCAUCUCUCGGCUGUCAGUGAAAGCAUACCUGCCCUUGGGUGGAUAGCAGUGUCUCCUAAACCAGGCCCUUAUGUCAAGGAGAUGAAUGAUGCUGCUACCUUUUAUACUAACAGGGUAUUAAAGGACUACAAGCACAGUGACACACGUCAUGUUGAUUGGGUGAAGUCAUACCUGAACAUCUGGUCUGAGCUUCAAGCUUAUAUCAAAGAGCAUCAUACCACAGGUCUCGCCUGGAGUAAAACUGGUCCUGUUGCAUCACCCAUGUCUAUGCGAUCUGUUCUAACAAGCGGGUCAUGCCUCUCCCCGCCACCACCACCGCCGCCGCCACCACCUGGACCUCCCCCCAUCUUUGAUACCGAAACCGUGAAGGAUGAAGGAACUGCAUCUCGCUCAGCCCUAUUUGCACAGCUUAACCAGGGAGAGGCAAUUACCAAAGGGCUUCGACAUGUCUCUGAUGACCAGAAGACUCACAAGAACCCCAGCCUACGUGCCCAAUGCCCAUCUGUUCGUUCUCCGACAAAAAGCCAUACUCCAAGUCCCACCUCUCCCAAGAAUUCCCCACAGCAGAGCCAUGCCCCUGUCUUGGAGCUAGAGGGAAAGAAGUGGAGAGUGGAAUAUCAAGAGGAUAAGAACGACCUGGUCAUUAACAACACUGAACUCAAGCAAGUGGCCUACAUUUUUAAGUGUAACAAAUCUACACUUCAGAUAAAAGGAAAAAUCAAUUCAAUUACUAUUGACAACUGUAAAAAGUUUGGCCUUGUGUUUGACAACGUUGUGGGAAUCGUGGAAGUGAUCAAUUCCAGGGAUAUUCAGAUUCAGGUGAUGGGGAAAGUGCCAACCAUUUCUAUUAACAAAACAGAAGGCUGCCACAUCUACCUCAGUGAGGAAUCAUUAGAUUGUGAGAUUGUGAGUGCCAAGUCAUCUGAGAUGAACAUCCUCAUCCCCCAAGAUGGUGAUUAUAAAGAAUUUCCGGUUCCUGAACAGUUCAAGACAGCGUGGGAUGGAUCUAAAUUGGUCACUGAACCUGCAGAGAUUGUGGGUUAACUUCGUAAUGCCAUACAGCACUUGCUGACCGUGACCAGACCACAGCCAGCAUAAACAAAGCAGUAACGUAAAGAACUAGAAGUAGCAGUAGUUCCUACUGCUGUGAUAGGCCUUCAAGCAGUAGCUCUGCAUGCUAGAAACAAUAACACAUCUGGCACGCUUUUGUUAGGCAUCCCAGUAUUUUUCACAUUUCCACACAGUUUGCCUUCACAUACAAUUUUAAUUCUAAAUGAUGUCAUGUGAAUGUAAUGGAUUAAAACCCCCACCCCCCAGUCACAUCAUUGGCUUGAAAUACUGUAUACAUUAAGCCAAAAUACUGCAUGAUACACUUUGUUAUCAUCUUGCUUCAGUGCAUUCCUUUUUCUGUUUCUGCUAAUCAAAAACAGCAUUAAGAUUUUAAGAUGUUUAUUUUUACCUGUUAAGCAGUUCCUGUAUGAUGCAGUAAAAAUGUACCCCUAGAAAGUAUGCAGUACCUUGUAGUUCUGUGGCAACCGUCAUGGGUUUUGUUUUAAACAAGCAAAAAAGGACAACUUUCAGCAAUACAUUUUGCUAACAAGAUAAAAAAAUCUGGUAUUUUAAUCACUUUUCUAAUAUGUAUGUUUAGAAGAUCCCUAUGUUUUCUGUGAAGUAGGAUUUUAUUAUGGUCUGCAGACUUGCUAGUGCUCUCUCAUUUCUUGCAAAUUAGUCAUUCUUUCUAUGCUAAAGCCUCAUCUAAGCUAAAACCUUGCAGGAAAUAAUUUGAAGGUUUUUCGCUUCUUGGAUUUAUUUUUCCUUUUUUUUUUUUUUUUGUGAGACAAUCUCAUUCUUUAAAAUUUCACAUUAUAUCUUGCAUCCUAUUCAGAAAACUGAGGGAAGCAUAUAUGUCAGAUACCAGCUAGUUUCCUUACUAAUAAUGUUCCUUUAAAAUAUUGCUGUUGUAGCUCAUAUUCAUUAAAAAUAUCUUCCUGUUUCUUCCCCACAUUUGUAGGAUUUAAUUACAGAUAUGUCCGCAGAGCAAAGCCAUAGAUUUAUGUCAUACUAAUUCUGAGCCCAAAUAAAGGGCUAAUCUCCUGUUUAGCCAUUUAAUUCUACUUUAUAGUCCCUAUUGUACAUGCUUUUUUAACAAAGGUGGAGUGUUGUAUACAUUUGUACUAUUUCAGCACAUAGUACGAAUAAAAUUUUAAAAAUAUAAAAAGUCAGCUUAUGUUUUUGAUCACUUGUAAUACUUUGUAACAGUGAAAUCACAGUGAGAUACUUGCAGAGCUAGUUACAAGCUAAAUUUUGUGCCUAAUUUACCUUGAAAGUACAUUAAUUCUUGAGGGUUUUUAAGUAUAUCUUUGAUUGUAAACCCUAUACAAUACAGCCAGUAGUGCUCAUUCCAUAAGGUUUUGCUAUCUGAUGUUUAAUCUCUGUGUAUAAUGUGUUUGCUUUAAUACAUACCAUUUUUUCAACAGUAAACUUCUUAUGAAAUAAAAAGGAAAAUGUACUUGUUUAAA